CACUGGAGCCCUGGCCAGCGCGCAGUCUUCCCCGUAGCCGGCAAGCUGAGUCUUGGGAAUUCUGGUUUGCUUUGGCUCACUGGCUCUUACAAACUACUGGAUCUUACAUGCCUCUGUGCCCCCCAACUUCCACUCCAUGUCCCCAUGCUCCUGCUCCAGCAACAGGACCUGUUCUCUGGAUGUCAGCUGAGUUACUAAGGUAACUCUGCAUGUCAGUAGAAAGACCUUGGUAGAACCUCAAGGCUCCCGGAGAACCCCAUCUCUCCUUAUUUUUUUUUUUGGUGUGUGUCCUCACUGAGCAUUCAAAACUGUUUCUCCAAAGGGUUUUGCAAAAACUCAGACUGUUUUCCAAAGCAGAAGCACUGGAGUCCACGGCAGAAGCGAUGGGCAGUGUGCGAACCAACCGCUAUAGCAUCGUGUCUUCAGAAGAAGACGGCAUGAAGCUGGCCACCAUGGCGGUUGCAAAUGGCUUUGGGAACGGGAAGAGCAAAGUCCACACCCGACAACAGUGCAGGAGCCGCUUUGUGAAGAAAGACGGGCACUGCAAUGUUCAGUUCAUCAACGUGGGUGAGAAGGGACAACGGUAUCUCGCAGACAUCUUUACCACGUGCGUGGACAUUCGCUGGCGGUGGAUGCUGGUUAUCUUCUGCCUGGCUUUUGUGCUCUCGUGGCUAUUUUUUGGCUGCGCAUUUUGGUUGAUAGCUCUGCUCCAUGGGGAUCUGGAUGCACCAAAGGAGAGCAAAGCUUGUGUGUCUGAGGUCAAAAGUUUCACGGCCGCCUUCCUCUUCUCCAUUGAGACCCAGACCACCAUAGGCUAUGGUUUCAGGUGCGUCACGGACGAGUGCCCGAUCGCUGUUUUCAUGGUGGUGUUCCAGUCAAUCGUGGGCUGCAUCAUCGACGCCUUUAUCAUUGGCGCAGUCAUGGCGAAGAUGGCAAAACCGAAGAAGAGAAAUGAGACUCUUGUCUUCAGUCACAAUGCCGUGAUCGCCAUGAGAGAUGGCAAGCUCUGUUUGAUGUGGCGAGUGGGCAAUCUUCGGAAAAGCCACCUGGUGGAAGCUCAUGUUCGAGCGCAGCUCCUCAAAUCCAGAAUUACUUCAGAAGGGGAGUAUAUCCCCCUGGAUCAAAUAGACAUCAAUGUUGGCUUCGACAGUGGAAUUGACCGUAUAUUUCUGGUGUCCCCAAUCACAAUAGUCCAUGAAAUCGACGAAGACAGCCCUUUGUAUGACUUAAGUAAACAGGACAUUGACAACGCGGACUUUGAAAUCGUCGUGAUACUGGAAGGCAUGGUAGAAGCCACGGCCAUGACGACACAGUGCCGUAGCUCGUACCUGGCAAAUGAAAUCCUUUGGGGCCACCGCUAUGAGCCCGUCCUGUUUGAAGAGAAGCAUUACUACAAAGUGGACUAUUCAAGGUUCCACAAGACUUAUGAAGUACCUAACACACCCCUUUGCAGCGCCAGAGACUUAGCAGAAAAGAAAUAUAUCCUCUCAAAUGCAAAUUCAUUUUGCUAUGAAAAUGAAGUUGCCCUCACGAGCAAAGAGGAAGAUGACAGUGACAAUGGCGUUCCAGAAAGCACAAGUACAGACACACCCCCUGACAUUGACCUUCACAACCAGGCAAGCGUACCUCUAGAGCCCAGGCCCUUACGGCGAGAAUCAGAGAUAUGACUUACUGAUUCUUUCUCUGGAAUAGUUACGUGAAAACACAGUCUGGUGGUCAAAGGCCCAAAACAGUGAUUCAGACGACGGUACUGGCGAAGAGGUGGGUCAAGGCAAGUGGCCACCAGGGACUGAGGCGAGCACAAUGGUUUCAGAGAAAGACUCUAAGCUCAAAGAUUAACGGAAAGCACUAAACAUGUCUCCCCAUGACCUGAUGGCACAUAUACAUGUUGUAGAAUAAGUUAUGGGGGUUUUGUGUUUUGUUUUGUGUUUUUACAAGACUUGAACUUGCAGGCAAGCCUUGGUUGGGUAUUUGACUUAUUCAGAAUGCUUCUCUUUAGGGAACAAGAAUGUUUUUAAUGGCAUAACAAAGGCAAGACUCUGCCUUAAUCUUGAAAAGCUGCUAAAAACUACAUGAACACAAAUUGUAUUUUUGUUGCAGUGUAGUUUUUCUUUAGUGUAAUUUAAAAGUCAGUAUUGAACUUUGUUGAAAGCUCAUGAUAUGCGCUUCAAAGUGGCAAGUAUUUGGCUAUUAGCUGCCAAAAUGAGAGCCUGAUUUUUCGAGGCCAGUAAUUUGUUUGCUAGAAUUGAUUCUCUCUCUCUCUCUCUCUCUCACUCUCUCACUCUCUCCUUCUCUCUCACUCUCUCACACUCUCCCUCCCUCUCUCUCUCUCCCUCUCCCCCCUCUCCCCCUCCUUCUCUCUUCCUCUCUCUCCCUCUCUCUCUCACCAGUUACAUAAGGGCAUUAUGUAACACUAGCCAAAUGGUAGCCUCCGGGUUGGGUUUUUUUUCCCUUUCAUGAUGUUAAUGGGUUAUCUCAAAUUUUAAGUCAGACUACCUAAAAUAAAUACCAAAGAUAAUGCACAUUUUUGCACAGUGGAGCUUAUACUAAAAAGGAAGAAAAGCUUCCUUGAUAUCAAGAAGCAAUGACUUUGAACCUCAGCAAGAACCUGAACUGCCCUUUAGAAAAUAGGACAUCGUACACACAGCAUCUAGUGCUUUUUAAAUUUUGUUCUUUCAUAUAACUUUUGUAUUAAAAGAGGAAGAAGAAAGGGGAAGUGACAUUCACACACACACACACACACACACACACACACACACUAUAAACAUCCUUUCUCUCCUGCCAGGUAGUGCUGGUGAGGCUAACACAUAAGGUGAGAGUUGGUGACAUGUUCUUGGGUUUUUCUGGGUUUUCCCUUUUUGCACAUUCCAAAAUUUAUUCCAUAAGAUAAGAUCUUGGUUGAAUUUAGUCGGCAUCCUCAACACUGAGCCAUCCACCAUGGAAAGUAAACUGGUUUAAGCCCUUGUGGUUGAAUUCAUUUCCCUGACUCCCAGGACAUUUCUGGGUGGACUUUGCCUUAGAAAUGAUGCCACGCCAGCUCACUGGGCUGGUCCUUCUGAUCGGUCCGCCUGGAGAAAUGCCGAAGUGGGGGAGGCGGUGAGAUGUGGACAAGCCUCUCUGGAUGUAGUACAUCAGCUCCUGAGUUCAGGAGAGGGAGGAAAAUCACUUAGUGGUAGAGGGUAGGAAUGGAAAUGUCUCAGUAUUUUAGGGUCAACAAGAGCCAUACAAAGUAUAACACAAUCACAAGGAAAGGAGAUAAUGGCCAAAAAGGGUUAUUUCUCCUUUAUGUGCGCCCACUAAUGACUGACUCUGAGCUGAUCCUUGUCCCCGGUGGCCCUCACGAGUGGGUGACUAUGGGCACUGUUUCCCAGAAUCCUAUCCUGCCUGGCUGCCUGACUUGAUAAAAACAACUUCCCCUCACUGUAGCUUAAUACUUUUUUCUUGGUCUGAAGUACCCUAUCUGUGAAUUCUGGGGUUACUGACUUUUCUUUUUAAUUGGAGUCUCAAAACCAACUCUCUCAUGGUAUUAUCUCCCUGUAUGCCAUUAAAAAACAGCUUGUUCUAGAAUCCUGUAUUUUGUGAAUUGAUGUUUGUGACGGUCUCUGGGUCUUGAGCAGCCAUCUCCGAAUGCAGUGCCUGCAAUAAGGUCACAGCACCUGCUGUUGUCAGCUCUCCAAGUCCUUGGGUUUGAAAACUGUGGCGUUAAUUUUCCUGGAAACCAAGACAGAGGUGUCAAAAGCAAGUGGAUGCUGUUUGAAAUCCAGAUUAAAAGGCAGUUUGGGGAAGUUGUUCAGAGAGUCGGAGGGACUGGGAUUGAGUGAGCAAGAGAAUCUACCCAAGAGGCGCAGUUCAGCUAUUGACAGUGAGAGAGUACCUAGGGCUUCAGCUGCUGCUAUUUGAUAUUUCGCAAAGGAAAAUAAUCAAACCAAAGAGUAUUCAGUGAUAUGUAAAUUAAAUGAAGAUGGAGUGGGGGUGACUGCAGACGAGGCUCCUCCCAGACACACAGUGCUGCCACUUAAAAAGACAAGAGAUAUUUGAAGAGGGGGUGGGCAUGGGGGGCAGGAAUGAGGGAGGGAAAUCUUUCAACUUCUUUCUGAAAUAGAGAAAAAAAAUCUAAAACUUCUGGUGCACAGGUUUGUUUGUUUGUUUGUUUUUUUCAAGAAAAUUUUGCAGAAGCUAUGUUUUUAAAGUGUACAUUUUAUAAAGUUUAUCAGAUAUUUUCAUAUUUAAAGCCAAAUGUAAAUAGAAGUGUGUAAAGGGAAAAAAAUUGCCAUAGAAAGUAUAAUUCCAGUGCAGCAAUUUCUGACAGCUAGUACCUAUAUGCUACCGGUUAGCAUGGUUUUAGCAAGUAUAUACCAGCCUUAUAAGGUUUGUAUUGCUACGUUCUCCGGUUAUUUAUUUCAGCAUGGACUGUUCAUUUGAAAGCUUUUUUCUAGUUAUUAGUAUUUUAACAGUUACAAGCUUUUUUUGUCAAGAGCCAUGACACAGGUAAUGCACAAAAUUUUUUUGCUGCAUUUUACCUUCAAAACAUUUGAAACAUUUGUCCUUACUGCCCAGGUCUCCUUAAUCAGUACACACAUGCCAUUAGAAUGCAGAUUGAAGGGACUCACCAUGAAUGUCUGGGGUCUAUUCCUGGAUACGUGUUGCUUCUCUAUUGUAAGCAAACCCUCAUUGAAUUUACUUAGGACUUAUUCCCUUUUAAAGAAUUCUUUGCCCAUAUCUGGCUGGGCAUUAUAUUUUUGGGAGGAGGCAUAGAUUCUUGGUUAUCCUAUUUUUAAAUAAAAUGUAGACAAAGUGACUUCUAUUUUGAUUAUUGAGAAAGGAAUAGUUUUCUAUCCCUCUAAGCAUAUACUUGAAUCAGACAUUUAAAGAAUGUCACACUAUAGCACUGUAGUCAUUUCCAAAUUCCUGGAGAAAGUUUUACCUUUAAAAAACAGUCUGUUAAUGAAUUAUUUUUUUCCCUUCACUUCCUUUCGUCCUUACAAACUCCCAUCCCAAACCUUGAUGUUUAUUUCAUGGACUGUAUCCCCCCAAAUUGUUACCCUUGCAAAUACCAAAUGUCAGUUCAUAUUAUAUGAUAAGCCACUCGGUAAAGGCAAGAAACUUGUCCUGAGAGGCAGAGUGAGUUCUUUUUCACUCUGUGUCUACUAAUGUUAAGGUGAAAAAAAAGUGUUGCAUAGUCAUCCCCACCCCCACGCACUCUCCCAACUAGAAUCUCUUUUCUAGAGACGUUGGGUUUUAGCUCUGGCCUCUGGUGAGCUGAACAAACCCGGCCUGUACAACCGUGAUAGUUGUUAGCUUCCCGUUUGCCGUCCUUUUGUAUCUACAGUCUUCCUAUUGUACUGCACAAACCAUGGAUUGUACAUAUUUUUAUAUAUUAUGUCUUAUUUUAUUAUUUCUAAAUAAAAACUUCAAUGUUGAAAAACAAA